AUGACAUACUCUUCAUCUGGCCAAGAUGUGACCUACUUUGAUGUGGACCCUAUUUCUGGAAUCAUAUACCUGAAAGGAAAUCUGUUGACAGAUCCACUACAGCGCAUACAAUACAGUAUCACUGUAACGGCAUCAGAUAAUUUCGUACCGUUGGCAAAAACCGCUCAGUCGACUGUGAUCAUCAGUGUCACGCGUGAUAGCCCCACAGUGUUUGUGCCACCGACAGCUUUGAGCCUCACUAUCCUAGAAACAAUGGCUGUCGACUCAAACUUGACAACCAUUAACCAGAGAAUAGAUGCUUCUGAUGCAGAUUUAAUGGCAAAUGAGUCUCUGGUCUUUGAAUUGAUCGGAACUUCUUUGGGUGCAUAUUACUUCAAUAUUCGCCGAGCGUCACGAACCUCACUGGGCCUCUACAUACAGAACAAUCUCAAGACUGGAUUCAGAAACAUGACUCGAUUUGAGAUGACAAUCAAGGCUUACCAGGCCGGUCGUGAGCGUAACACUGCCUUCAAGACUGUGCUGAUUGAGGUUUUGCGUAACCAGGGACCCCCGCAGUGGACCUUUACUUCCAACGAUGUUCCGAUGCGUGAGGACCACCCACCCUUCACACGGCCAGUUACCCAGGUGCAGGCAACAGACAGAACAGACAAUGACGAAAUCACAUACGGCAUUGUGGGUGAGCAAGUGAACCGCGCCCUCCAGUCUGGGGCCUCAAACUACUUUCAGAUCGAUGAUAAGACUGGCCAGAUCUACCUCACCCAGACUGUCCUCAACACAAACAUCACCGACUUCCUGCUCACUCUGCAGGCCUGUGACAAUGGCAUCCCUGCACGUUGUGUGAACGCCGAUAUAAGGAUCAUAAUUAUCCGCGACAGCUUCCCUCCAAAAUUUGUGUACAACACAGCCAACAGGUUUAUUUUCCAAAUCGAUGAAAAGGCAAACGUGAGCUCAGUUGUUGGUCGCAUUGCCUCUACAGAUGACUCACCAAUAGGUCCCACAGUGUACGAGUUGGUCAAUCCAUCACCAGAGUUCUUCUCACUGAACAGAACUGAUGGAACCAUCACUCUAGUCAAGUCUCUCUUCAACUACCUGGAUGAACAGUACUAUUUCCAAGUGAGAGCUUACGACACUGGUGAACCAGUCUAUGUAGCAAUAGGGGACGUCACUGUGAUUGUCCUUCGUAACGCGGGCCAAGGUCCAGUUUUCUCACUGGACCCGUACUACAGGCAGGUUCAUGAAACAUUCCCAGUUGGUAACCUGCUCAUCGACACAACAGCAAUCGAUAUUGAUGGGGACGUUCUGCUGUACAGCCUGAAUGGAAAUACUGCAGACCUUGACUACUUCUUUGUGGAUCCAGCAGAUGGUGAAAUAUUCCUGAGAUCCUCUCUUGUCAAUCCACCAAAGACACAAUUCUCAUUCCAAAUCCUCGCUAGUGACGAGCGAAGGGUCAAUCCGAAGGUGCGAGCUGCCAGCGUUAUCAUCGAUGUGGACACUGACAGCAGACCGUAUUUCACGAACGGAACAUUGAUACCUGCUCUGCAAGAAACUGCAACGGCAAACACGAUUGUCCACACCCUGGUUGCACAGGAUGAUGAUCUGACAACCAAUGUGACACUCCAGUAUGAGCUGGUUGGCAUUUCGCCAGCAGAGUACAUGUUUGCAGUGAAUAGAACCACUGGAGCAAUUACACUGGUCCGGAGCAUCCGAGGAAGUGGAUUUGACAACAGGAACCAAUAUGUGUUGAGUGUGAUCGCCUACGAUCCAGUCUACCGCACCAAAUCAGCCACUCAGACGCUGACUGUGGACGUAAUUGUAAACCAAGGAACUCCACAAUUUAUACCAGACAACGGAUAUGAAGAAUUUGUCAAUGAGACUGUCAGUCCAGGAUACAAUACUGUCACUGUUUUGGCAAUAGACAGCGAUAAUGAUGAACUGAAAUACACUUUGAUACGCUCGAGCAAUGACUCCACCUCCUGGUUUGCCCUUAUUGACAACAGAAUAGUGACUAAAGAUCAGCUCACUAGGGCCCCACUGAACAAGUACACUCUGACAAUUCAAGUGGAAGAUGGGCGUGGUAAAAAGGCAGAGGCCACUGUUAUCAUCACAAUUGUAAGGAACCCCUCGGACAAGGCGCCUGUAUUCCUUAAUCUUGACCUUGAUACCACAGGCACGGGCAGUGGGUCCGUGUACAGAGCGACCAUUAGGUACGACCAUCAAGUCGGCACCACUGUCUCCAGGAGGCCUUCAGCCAGCGAUGCAGAUUUACAGGGAUCGCUGGUUUAUGAAGCUGUUGCCGACGCAGUUGCUCUUGAGUAUUUUGCUAUAGACAGAAAAAAUGGCCUUGUGUCAUUAAAGAAGAACCUCACCUUGGACAUAUAUGAGUCAGUGCUCUACAGGAUGUACCUGGUGGCAUACGACAGCGCGCGCUCAGCCAACCAGGCUUCAGCCCUUCUGCUGAUCACUGUUGAACGCAAUCCAAGCAGUCCCAGAUUCGUUAACCCCACACUGUCAUUCACUGUGAACGAGAGAGAGCCAAUCGGUUUCAGAAUAAAUCAACUAACUGCAACUGAUCUUGAUGCAAGAGACGUGAUCAGCUACUCUGUUGCUCCCGGUUACACCAAUGGUACGCUGAUGUUCUUCUACCUGAAUGAACAGUCAGUCAUUCUAACAGUGGCCAGCGAUCUGAGGGACAGCAGACCAUAUGGCAACCAGUAUCAGUUCCAAGUGAUCGCCAAUGACCAGGGCAAGCCUCCAAAGUCUGCCUUCUUGUCUGUGACAAUAUUUGUUGAACGAGACGAAUUCCCGCCUUUCUUCUCACCACCUCAGAAGAAUGAGACCAUUACCGACAAGCACCUGACUAAUACGUUUGUGUCAUCAGUGUUUGCAGAUGACAGGGAUCGUAAAGGGACAAUUGUGUAUGAGCUGGUGGGAGAUGGUAAUGCGAUGGCCUACUUCAGCAUUGACAGGGCAACUGGCUUCAUCAACCUGAUCAAGGACAUCAAAACAACAAGGGACACAGUGUUCAGACUUGUGCUGCAGGCAUAUGACUCCUUCUAUCCAACCAACCGUGCCACGAUGUACAUGUAUAUCUUCGUCCAGCGGAACAGUGACAUCAUUGUGUUUGAUACCACCCUGUCAUACUUCGUGGAAGUGAACGAAUACCGGCAGCUCUUUAACGAGAUAUACCGUGUCAGUGCCACUGAUCCAGAUGGGGACAGUGUGAGCUACAGAAUCUCUACCAACCCUCUGGCCCAGGAGUAUUUCUUCAUCGCCACGGAGGGCAAGUUUGGAGUGCUCUACAUUAAGAAAUCACUGUCCCUCAACCAACUGAAUUACACAUACGUGUUCCUGAUCGAGGCAAGGGAUAACCGCCAGUUUGAUACGCAGACCUCAACCAAACAGAUGACAGUCAGGGUGUUGCGUAACCAGAGACCAGUCAUUCUGAACAUUGAAAGGGAGAUCACUGUUGAUGAACGAAGACCGAUUGGAGAACGUAUAUAUGUUAUUGGCGCACGAGAUCCAGACCUUUUGCCCGGGAGUGUUCUUCACUACCAGGUGUACGGAGAGAGCUUAGCGCCCGGCCUGUUUGAGAUCGUUGAUAUCGAGAAAGGAUUCAUCACUGUUGCCAGCAACCUCAUGAGGGAUAAAGCUCCUGCAUAUAAUCUGACAGUGGUCGUGUAUGACUUUGAACUGCCAGACCUGAUGGCUUCCUACACAAUCAGAGUCACCAUGAUCAGGAACGCUAAUGCUCCAGUGUUCACGUCCAAUCCAUACAGAAGUAAUCUUGAAUUGCGGGACCUGCCUGGAAAAAUUGUUGCAACCAUCUCAGCCACUGAUGCUGACAAUGACCGUGUGACGUACAGUUUGGGAAGCAAUCUACCUGAAGUUGCCGACUAUUUCAGGGUGAAUUCUGACAAUGGAAACAUUGUACUACUAAGGACUCUCCCAGCGCGCAGAGAAUCCUUCACAAUCAACGUUCAGGCUCGUGACAACGCUUCCCCAGAAAAGUUUGCACAGUCCUCCGUGGAACUAACCAUCGAAAUUGACCGGUUUGGUCCAGUCUUCGAGCCAGAAAACACCAUCAUCUCCAUGGCAACCGAGGACACUCGACCAGUUGGUACGGUGAUUGGUGCUGUCACAGCCAGGGAUGGUGACAGAAGAGGUCAGAUUGUCUAUGAGGUGGUUGGCGAAUAUCCGGGCGAUAAUUUCUUUGGAGUUAACAGCACAACUGGACAAGUUUACAUCAUAACCAAUCUUAUGGAUGAUGCUCUGGCUAGAUCUUUAUACACUAUCUACAUUGACGCCUAUGACUCCCUCGUGCCUGACAACAGAGCAAGAACUCAAGUACAGAUUACAGUGCUUCGUAACCAAGGUUUCCCAGAGUUUGACAGAGCAAGCUACAAUGAGCAGAUAGACGAGUUCCAUCAGCUUGCUGUCAGUGUGGUCAAUAUAACAGCCCGCGACACACGUGAUAAUGACCAAAUCACUUACAGAAUGAUUGAUGGCUCUCUCAACCAAAUUAAUUCCCAGUUCUUCUACAUUGAGCCAAGCACAGGUGUCAUUUACCUGAGAAAACCACUGACUGAGAGCACAGUCGAUAGCUUUUCGUUCCGUGUUGAAGCGACAGAUGAUGGCCUCCCAGCCAGGUCCCGUGAUGUGAGCGUGGUUUUCAGUGUGAUACGCGUCGGUCUGCCCACCUUCAGCCCACCCUUCGCCAUUGAUGUGCCAGAAGACAAGCCCACUGGGCAGAGUAUAUUCCGAGUGAAUGCACAAAAUCCAAUUUCAGGAAGGAAUCCAUUUCUGCGAUAUGAGCUGAUUGGUUUGCCACCUGCCAACUACUUCUUUGUUAUCAAUCACACAACAGGAGAUAUCUCUGUGAACAGGUCACUCCGAAAUGGUGAUCUCCUUGAGUACAGAUUACAAGUGAAGGUUUAUGAUGAGGCGACGCCCACUCGUGCCUCUUACCAGACCAUCACUGUCAGCGUGCGCAGGAACAUCUACCCACCUAAAAUUGCUGCCGAUGCCUUUGAUGUAAUAGUGUAUGACACUGAUCCAAUUGGAAAGGAGGUUGUCUUGAUCAAUGCCACAGAUGCUGAUAAUGAUCCGCUUGUGUUUACAAUCCUUGGGGAUGCCAGAUGCUUGUCCGCUUUCCGUAUUGAGUCCAGUGUGUACAACUAUGGAGCAAUUUAUGUGAACACUGAUCUUCGAUCUACAACUGGUAAUUUCCAGUGCACUGUACAAGUAUCCGAUGGUGGUUUCCCUGUACCUCAGACAGACACAGCCCUGGUCAACAUCAAUGUGAUACGUGCCCAGCCCCCUGUGUUUGUGCCGCCCCCUGGCAACUAUAUCCGACCAGUGAGGGAGGAUCAGCCUCUCAACUCCAACAUCAUCGACUUGGACGCCCCCAAACCUGAUGCUAGGGGCCAGGUAGUGUAUGAGCUGGUUGGAGAUUUCCCGUCCCCAUACUUCUUCCAAGUGAACCGCACCACUGGGGUCAUCACCCAGACAAAUGACCUCAGAUACGAUAGUCUCGGCACCAAUCCAUAUAUUAUCAAGGUUGUUGCCUACGACUCUGCUGUCCCGUCCGUGAGAUCCACGGCAACAGUUACAGUGAGCGUUGAGCGCAACCUGAACGGGCCGCGGGUGGUGCCACCUUCAGUGACCAUCAAUGCCAGUCAGGACUCACCUGUACACUCGUGGGGAUACCUGGUCAAUGUCACAGACCCAGAUAGUCGAAACCCAACUUGUUCAAUCAUUGGUACUGCUGUUGCCCAAGAGUUCUUCAAGAUUGAUCCCAAGACGUGUCUUAUAACUCUGAGGAAGAGCCUCCUGGAUGACCCGCUCUUCCGUGACAUAUACGAGAUUACUGUAAAAGUGAAUGACAACGGUGUGCCUGAGAAGUUCUCCACAGGUCAGGUGAUUGUUCUGGUGCCUCGCGACCUCCAGAAUCCAGUGCUCAACCUACCAACUACUGUCACUGUGUUGGAGACAGCACUGAUAGGAAGCAAUGUGUUCAAUGUGGAUGCCACAGAUGGUGACCAGAAGGGCAACUUGGUGUACAGGAUAGAAGGCGUGUUCCCGGACAUGAUGUUCUUUAACAUUGAUGCCACUGGUCAGAUCACCCUCAGAAACUCGCUGAUGUCAGACAGUCAACAGGACCAGUCCUACACCGUGGUAGUAGAAGUGUACGAUGACUUCUGGCCCAGCAACAAGCACCAGGGCACGCUAACUGUGAACGUAAACCGCAACCCGAGCUCCCCAGUGUUCAGUCAGCCCAACGGCUACUUCAGAACAAUCAAUGCAGACUUCCCUGUGGGCAAUGUUGUACUCACCGUCAAUGCAACAGACUCUGACCAGAGAAAUCCAUUCCUGCGAUAUGAGCUGAUUGGUUUGCCACCUGCCAACAACUUCUUUGUUAUUAAUUCCACAACAGGAGAUAUCUCUGUGAACAGGUCACUCCGAAAUGAUGAUCUCCUUGAGUACAGAUUACAAGUGAAGGUGUAUGAUGUAACAUAA